CCUGGACGCAUCUCUUUCUACUUCUCCUUUCGGUGUCAAUUCCUUUGUUUAUCUUGGAGCUCCCUUCAAUCUCCUUCUUAUUCAUGACUUCAUCGCUUUCUCCCACAUCUUUAUCUCAAACUUUUUCGGUAUAAAAUCUUCCCCAGCAAUCGUUUUCUUUGUUCCUCUGCUCUUUUAUGGUAGGAACCAACGGGCAGCUCUGAGCAAUCUGGAUGUUCGUUUACAUCAAAGAUAGGUGGAGAUACUGAAAUUUAAAGAUAAUUGAAUGGCGAAUUCGUCUGGGAACCGUCAAGAACAAGCGAAUCAAGGGGCGUCCACUUUCUUCACUGGAACGAAACCCACCAACGGCAAUCUGGCAUCCGAUUGUUCUGCUUUUAGUAUGAAGCACGAUCCUGGUAUCUCAAUGGAGUGGACAGUAGAGGAGCAGGUGAUUCUUGAAGAAGGGAUUAAAAAAUAUGCAUAAGAUCAGAACCAUCUGUAAGUCGUUAUGCAAAAACAGCUGCACACCUACCAAAGAAGACUGUACGGGACGUGGCAGUACGUUAUAGAUGGAUGACUGUACUGCUUGUAUUUAUUGCUUGUUUCUGUAUAAAUGUGUACUUCAAGUUCAAGUUUAGGAGUUGAAAACUUGAAAUUAAUAAAUUAUUAUAUUUUGGAUGUAUUUAAAUAAAAGAGUCAAUCCUUU